CCGGGGUCACACGCGCUGCGGGUGGCUCAGGCUGAGCUGUUUCCCGCCUUUUCUGAGGUUCUGAGGCAGGAGCUUUUGGUUCUUUCUGCUGCCCUCACAGACCGUAGGAAGCAGUUCGCGUGGGCAUGGAGCCCACGGUUUCCCACUAGUUCUUCCAAGGCGAGGGCAGAGAAAUUUACAACGGGAAUGGAGAAAAUGGAAAAUCAAAAGCCCUUUGCAUUGUUCAUACCACCGAGAUUAGGCAGCAGCCAGGUGUCUGCGGUGAAACCUCAGACCCUAGGAGGAGAUUCCACUUUCUUCAAGAGUUUCAACAAAUGUACUGAAGAUGAUUUUGAGUUUCCAUUUACAAUGACUAAUCUCUCCAAAAAUGGAGAAAACAUUGAUUCAGAUCCUGCUUUACAAAAAGUUAAUUUCUUGCCCAUGCUUCAGCAGGUUGGUAAUUCUGACUAUCACUAUCAGGAAGGACUAAAAGACUCUGAUUUGGAGAAAUCAGAGUCAUUGAGCAGAGUGUAUUCAAAACUGUAUAAGGAGGCUGAAAAGAUAAAAAAGUGGAAAAUAAGUAUAGAAGCUGAACUGAGGCAGAAAGAAAAUAAGUUGCAAGAAAACAGAAAGAUAAUUGAAGCACAGCGAAAAGCCAUUCAGGAACUGCAGUUUGGAAAUGAAAAAGUAAGUUUGAAAUUAGAAGAAGGAAUUCAAGAAAAUAAAGAUUUAAUAAAAGAGAAUAAUGCUACAAGGCAUUUAUGUAAUCUACUCAAAGAAACCUGCGCUAGAUCUGCAGAAAAGACAAAGAAAUAUGAAUAUGAACGGGAAGAAACCAGGCAAGUUUAUGUGGAUCUAAAUAAUAACAUUGAGAAAAUGAUAACAGCUUUUGAGGAACUUCGUGUGCAAGCUGAAAAUUCCAGACUGGAAAUGCAUUUUAAGUUAAAGGAAGAUUAUGAAAAAAUCCAACACCUUGAACAAGAAUACAAGAAGGAAGUAAAUGACAAGGAAAAGCAGGUAUCACUACUAGUGAUCCAAAUCACUGAGAAAGAAAAUAAAAUGAAAGAUUUAACAUUUCUGCUAGAGGAAUCCAGAGAUAAAGUUAAUCAAUUAGAGGAAAAGACAAAAUUACAGAGUGAAAACCUAAAAGAAUCAAUUGAGAAGCAGCAUCAUUUGACUAAAGAACUAGAAGAUAUUAAAGUGUCAUUGCAAAGAAAUGUGAGUACUCAAAAUACUUUAGAGGAAGAUUUACAGAAAGCAACGAAAACAAUUUGUCAGCUAACUGAAGAAAAAGAAGCUCAAAUGGAAGAAUCUAAUAAAGCUAGAACUGCUCAUUCAUUUGUGGUUACUAACUUUGAAACUACUAUCUGCAGCUUGAAAGAAUUACUGAGAACAGAACAGCAAAGAUUGGAAAAAAAUGAAGAUCAAUUGAAAAUACUUACCAUGGAGCUUCAAAAGAAAUCAAGUGAACUAGAAGAGAUGAUUAAGCUUACAAAGAAUAAAGAAGUAGAACUUGAAGAAUUAAAAAAAAUCUUGGGAGAAAAGGAAAAGCUUUUAUAUGAAAAGGAACAAUUUGAGAAGAUUGCUGAAGAAUUAAAAGAAACAAAACAAGAACUAAUUGGUCUUCUCCAAACCAGAGAGAAAGACGUACAUGAUUUGGAAACACAGUUAACUGCCAUUACCACGAGUGAACAGUAUUAUUCAAAACAGGUUACAGAUCUGAAAACUGAGCUUGAAAAUGAGAAGCUUAAGAAUACUGAAUUAACUUCAUGCUGCAACAAGCUUUCACUAGAGAACAAAGAACUCGCACAGGAAAUAAGUGAUAUGAUCCUAGAACUCAAGAAACAGCAAGAAGAUAUUAAUAAUAGCAAAAAGCAAGAAGAAAGGAUGUUGAAACAAAUAGAAAACCUGGAAGAAACAGAAACACAAUUAAGAAAUGAACUGGAAUAUGUGAGAGAAGAGCUAAAACAGAAAAGAGAUGAAGUUAAAUGUAAAUUGGACAAGAGUGAAGAAAAUCGUAACAAUUUAAGGAAACAAGUUGAAAAUAAAAACAAACGUAUUGAAGAACUUCAGCAGGAGAAUAAGGCCUUGAAAAAAAAAGGUAUAGCAGAAAGCAAGCAACUGAAUGUUUAUGAGAUAAAGGUCAAUACAUUAGAGUUGGAACUAGAAAGUGCCAAACAGAAAUUUCAAGAAAUGACUGACAGCUAUCAGAAGGAAAUUGAUGACAAAAAGAUAUCAGAAGAAAAUCUUUUAGGCGAGGUUAAGAAAGCAAAAGUAAUAGCUGAUGAAGCAGUAAAAUUACAGAAAGAAAUUGAUAUACGAUGUCAACAUAAAAUAGCUGAAAUGGUAGCACUUAUGGAAAAACAUAAGCACCAAUAUGAUAAGAUCAUUGAAGAAAGAGACUCAGAAUUAGGACUUUACAAGAGCAAAGAACAGGAGCAGACAUCACUGACAGCAUCUUUGGAGAUUGAACUAUCCAAUUUUAGAAAUGAACUUUUGUCUGUUAAGAAGCAACUUGAAAUAGAAAGAGAAGAAAAAGAAAAACUCAAAAGAGAGGCAAAAGAAAACACGUUUACUCUUAAAGAAAAAAAGGACAAGAAAACACAGACAUAUUUAUUGGAAACAUCUGAAAUUUAUCAGAAAUUUGACUCUAAAGCAGUUCCUUCACAAACUAUAUCUCGAAAUUUCACAUCAGUUGAUCAUGGCAAAUCCAAAGAUAAAAGAGACUAUCUGUGGACAUCUGCCAGAAGUAUUUUAUCUACACCAUUACCAAAGGCAUAUACAGUGAAGACACCAACAAAACUAAAACUACAGCAAAGAGAAAACCUGAAUAUACCCCCUGAAGAAAGUAAUAAAAAGAGAAAAAUGGCCUUUGAAUUUGAUAUGAAUUCAGAUAGUUCAGAAACUACUGAUCUUUUGAGCAUGGUUUCAGAAGAAGAGACAUUGGAAUCACUACAUAGGAACAGUAAUCCACCAGCUUCUCAUCUUUGUGUCAGAACACCAAAAAAGACCCCUUCAUCUCUAACAACCCCUGGAUCUACACUGAAGUUUGGAGCUAUAAGAAAAAUGCGGGAGGACCGUUGGGCUGUAAUUGCUAAACUGGAUAGGAAAAAAAAACUAAAAGAAGCAGAAAAGUUAUUUGUUUAAUUUCAGAGAAUCAGUGUAAUUAAGAACCUAAUAACAUGAAACUUAAGAGUUAAUGUUUUUUUCUUAUUUUCCAGAGCCAAAUUUUAUCUGGAAGUUGAGACUUUUAAAAAAUAUUUGCAUGAAUGAUUUGUGUUUUUAUUUUUAGCCUAAAUGUGAAGAAACUACAUAUUGUCUGAAAACCUGCCAUUAUAUUCAGAUAAUUAAAUGAUUAUAUUUGUUGUUACUUUUUCUUGUAUUCAUGAAAACUGUUUUUACGAAGUUUUCAAAUUUGUAAAGUUAGCCUUUGAAUGCUGGGAAUGCAUUAUUGAGGUCAUUCUUUAUUCUUUACUAUUAAAAUAUUUUGGAUGCAAA